CGGGCCUCGCGCCGGAAGUGGCUACUCAGCGCCCUCUCCAGCUUCCCCCGGAGAGAGGCGCUCUAGAGUUUGAGGUGCGGGGCCGCCACGAGGUGUCCGGAUCCUGCUUCCGAACGCGUCUGCAAGUCGAAAUGUCGCACCCUUCACCCCAAGCUAAGCCCUCCAACCCCAGUAACCCCCGAGUCUUCUUUGACGUGGACAUCGGAGGGGAGCGAGCUGGUCGGAUUGUCUUAGAAUUGUUUGCAGAUAUUGUACCCAAAACUGCAGAAAAUUUUCGUGCACUGUGUACAGGAGAAAAAGGGAUUGGACCUACAACUGGGAAACCUCUCCAUUUCAAAGGAUGCCCUUUCCAUCGAAUUAUUAAGAAAUUUAUGAUUCAAGGUGGAGACUUCUCAAAUCAGAAUGGAACAGGUGGAGAAAGUAUUUAUGGUGAAAAAUUUGAAGAUGAAAAUUUCCAUUAUAAGCAUGAUCGAGAGGGUUUAUUGAGCAUGGCAAAUGCAGGCCGAAAUACAAAUGGUUCUCAGUUCUUUAUCACAACAGUUCCAACUCCUCAUUUGGAUGGGAAACAUGUGGUGUUUGGCCAAGUAAUUAAAGGAAUAGGUGUGGCAAGGAUACUGGAAAAUGUAGAAGUGAAAGGUGAAAAACCUGCCAAAUUGUGCGUUAUUGCAGAAUGUGGAGAAUUGAAGGAAGGGGAUGAUUGGGGACUAGUCCCAAAAGAUGGUUCUGGCGACAGUCAUCCAGAUUUCCCUGAGGAUGCGGAUAUUGAUUUAAAAGAUGUAGAUAAAAUUUUAUUAAUAACAGAAGACUUAAAAAAUAUUGGAAAUAAUUGUUUCAAGUCCCAGAACUGGGAGAUGGCCAUUAAAAAAUAUACAAAAGUUUUAAGAUAUGUGGAUGGUUCAAAGGCUGUUACUGAGAAAGGAGAUAUAUCUAAGCUGCAACCCAUAGCUUUAAGCUGUGUACUGAAUAUUGGUGCUUGUAAACUGAAGUUGUCAAAUUGGCAGGGAGCAAUUGACAGUUGUUUGGAGGCCCUUGAAAUAGACCCAUCAAAUACCAAAGCUCUGUACCGCAGAGCUCAAGGAUGGCAAGGAUUAAAAGAAUAUGAUCAAGCAUUGGCUGAUCUUAAGAAAGCUCAGGAGAUAGCACCAGAAGAUAAAGCUAUCCAGGCAGAGUUGCUGAAAGUCAAACAGAAGAUAAAGGCACAGAAAGAUAAAGAGAAGGCAGUAUAUGCAAAAAUGUUUGCUUAAUAAGGAUUCAGUUUUGCCUAAAUACUAUGUGUUGAUUGUAUAAAGGCAAUAAGGAAAUGUAAGGGUUUUUGUCUAUUAUAUAUGAUCCCUAAUGUGUUUCCUUUGACACCUCAGUUCCCCAUUGUUUACAAUUUAGAAGUACUGAUGGGGGUUUGCUGUUAAUUAAAGUGUUUCAAUACAUUGAAGUUGGUUUUUUAAAAAAAUGGUUAUGUGCAUUAUUUACAAAGAAUAAUGGUAUUUAGUCUGUUUUUAAACUCCUAAAGAUACAUGUUGAAUAAAUAGAUGAAAACUUAAGUUUA